AUGGCUGAUAAACUCGCGUCGCUCGUCAAGUUGGAAGGCGGACCCACCAACGACAACGAUGUAGACCUGCAGAACCACCUUCUGUUUGAAGUGUGUAGUGAAGUCGGUCGGCAGGUUGGCGGCGUAUACACGGUGCUCAAGACCAAAGCGCCGGUGACCACAGCGCAGUAUGGCAAACGGUACACCUUGCUCGGUCGUCUCGACUACCAGACGGCACUUGCCGAAUUCGACGAGCUCGAGCCAUCAUCACCGGAAAUGUCGCACGCCAUCGCAAGUCUCGAAAAGGAAGGAAUUCGGGCUGUGUAUGGCAGGUGGCUCAUCGAUGGAAACCCACGCGUCCUAUUAAUCGACGUGAAAGCUGCACAGGAUAAGUACCUCGAGCAGUGGAAGCAGGAAUUUGAAAAGGCCUCGGGCGUCACUUUGCCGGUUGAUGACGAGAGUGACGAUGCUUUGGUGUUUGGACGUCUCGUUACGUGGUUCUUUAAGGAGUUCCUUGCCGAGGCUAAGAAGAAGGCGGUAAUCGCCCAUUUCCACGAAUGGCCAAGCGGUCUGGCAGCUUUCUUCAUCAGGAAUGAAAAGCUCAACAUGUCAACUAUUUUCACGGCACACGCGACGGUGAUGGGAAGAGACUUGUGCGCGAGGGGCAUCGACCUGUAUAAUGAGAUGCAAACCAUUGACGUUGAUUCCCAAGAGGAACACUCCUCCGUCUUCCACCGGCACAGGAUCGAGCGCCUAUCUGCCCAACAUUGCGAUAUCCUCAGUACGGUCUCGGACAUUACCUCUCUCGAGUGUGAGCACUUGCUUGGCCGAAAAGCCGACAUCGUACUCCCCAACGGUAUGGAUCUGGGGUUCAAGCGACAAAUGGGAUACAACGAGUCCAGUACGGUGCGGUAUAACAUGAAGGCCAAAAUCGCCGACUUCGUCCGCGGCCACUUUUACGGCCAGCUGGACAGCUUCGACGCGAAUCGUUGCCUCUAUUUCUUCACCUCUGGCCGGUACGAGUACUCGAAUAAGGGCGCGGACAUGUUCAUUGACUCGCUGGCUCGCCUUAACCAACGACUCAAGGAGCAGGGCCCGGAUAGUCCGACAGUGGUUGCGUUUAUUGUCAUGAGAGCCAAGGAUGCUUCGAUAUCUGCGGAGUCGUUGCAUCGGCAGGCCAUCGUCAAGUCACUCCACGAGGCUAUCGACCACAUUGAGGAGAGUAUCAAGAAACGGCUUCUCGACCGCACCCUUCUCUGGAAGAAUGGCGACGUGGUGCCGACCGAGACGGAGCUCGUCACCGAGGCGGAAAACUCAGCCCUCCGGCGGCGGCUUUAUGGCAUCCAGCGCAGUGGCCCACCGCCAGUCAUCACGCACAAGAUCUCCAACCCAGACGAAGACCCAAUCCUAAAUCAUCUGAAACGGGUGAACCUAUUGAAUGAUCCGAGCGACAAAGUCAAGGUCGUCUUCCACCCCGACUUUCUGCGGUCGUCCAGCGCCAUUCUGCCGAUAGACUACGAGGAUUUCGUUCGUGGGACUCACUUGGGUGUCUUCCCUCGCACCAACGUUUCCGGAUUCGGUAGCUACAUGUCGAAAUUGCUCGAGAGCGUCAACGGCCCCGAGCACGGCUUAUAUAUCGUGGAUCGCCUCAAACAGUCCUUCGAUGAGUCGGUCGACCAAAUGACAGGCUUCAUGUAUGACUUUUGUCAGCUGCAGAUGCGCGAUCGAGUGGACCAAAGAAGUAAUGCGGACAGGCUCUCCGAGUUCUUGGAUUGGAACCGACUCCACGUCGAGUAUCGGAGGGCGUGGAAGAUGGCGUUGCGGCGCAAAUCGGACAAGCUGGUGUCUGGCCAGGAUACCGAAAUAGACGAUGCGGACGAAAUGGAGGAGAUGGAGCGACGCCACUCCAUCGUGCGGGACCUUGCCCGGCAGUAUACGCGAAACUCCACGGCCAACGGCCAAGUCGGCGCGGGCGGCCUAUUCCAACCCAGCAGCACGGACUCCGCUCUAGAUCCACACAGCGAGAAGUUUAACGCCCGGGCUUGGGCAGCCGCCCUCGCGCACUCCGUAUCCGAGCACGGAAGCGGGUUCCGCCAAAGCGGCCUGUGCUUCCAAGGCAUGAACGUGUUUGGAUACGGCGCCGAAACCGACUACCAGAAGGACGUCGGCAACGUCUGGCUCGAGGCUUCGAGCAUGCUCCGAAACUUGACGUCGAGCUCGCGCGGAAAGCGACGCAUUGACAUCCUCAAGGGCUUCGACGGAGUCGUCAAGGCUGGCGAGAUGCUCGUGGUGCUUGGACCACCCGGCUCCGGCUGCUCCACGUUCCUCAAGACCAUCUCCGGCGAGACCAACGGCCUCUACGUCGACGAGAGCACUUACUUCAACUACCAAGGAAUCACCGCCGAGGAAAUGCACAAAGACCAUCGAGGAGAGACCAUCUAUACCGCCGAAGUCGACGUCCACUUCCCCAUGCUCUCGGUCGGUGACACGCUUACCUUUGCGUCCCGGGCAAGAUGCCCUCGAAGCCUCCCGCCCGGUGUCAGCCGCAACGAAUACUGCGACCACCUACGCGAUGUCAUCAUGGCCAUGUACGGUAUCAGCCACACCGUCAACACCCAGGUCGGAGACAACUAUAUCCGCGGCGUGUCCGGCGGAGAACGAAAACGUGUGACGAUUGCCGAGGCGACGCUUUCCAACGCGCCGUUCCAGUGCUGGGAUAACUCGACCCGUGGCCUCGACUCUGCCAAUGCCAUCGAGUUUUGCAAGACGCUCCGUCUCCAAUCCGAGCUCUUUGGACAGACCUGCGCGGUAUCCAUCUACCAGUCUCCCCAAAGCGCGUACGAUUUGUUCGAUAAAGCUCUCGUGAUUUACGAAGGCCGCCAAAUCUUCUUCGGCCCCGCAGGCCAAGCUCGGGAAUAUUUCAUCAACCUUGGGUUCGACUGUCCCGAUCGACAGACAACGCCUGACUUCUUGACCUCGAUGACCGCACCGUCCGAAAGGGUUGUCCGUCCUGGUUGGGAAAACCGUGUCCCGCGGACACCUGAUGAGUUCGCGGCGCGAUGGAGGGAGAGCCGGGAAUAUCAGCUCGCCGUCGCGUUCCGCGAGCACAAGCAGCAGACCCAAGCGAAGCGUCAGCGCGUCAAAUCGCCGUUCACGCUCUCCUACCGCCAGCAGGUAAACCUGUGUCUUUGGCGGGGUUGGAAACGACUCCUCGGCUCUCCCGGCCUCACAGUUUUCGCCCUCAUCGCCAACUGCGCCACUGGCCUCAUCGUUUCAUCUCUCUUCUACAACAUUCAGCCCACGACCGGAUCUUUUUAUCAGCGAGCUGCCGUGCUCUUCGUUGCCAUCCUCUCCAAUGCCUUCUCUAGCGCGCUAGAGAUCCUUACCCAGUACUCCCAGCGACCAAUCGUUGAGAAACAUGCCCGCUACGCCUUCUACCACCCAUCCGCAGAGUCGUUCUCGUCCAUCCUUGUUGACAUGCCGUACAAGAUCUCCAACACCAUCUGCUACAACCUCAUCUUGUAUUUCAUGACGAACCUGAACAGGGAGCCCGGUGCCUUCUUCUUCUUCCUCUUUGUCUCGUUUCUCAUGGUGUUGGCCAUGUCAGGUAUCUUCCGGACAAUUGCUGCGAGCUCCCGAACCCUUUCCCAGGCCAUGGUCCCCGCAUCUAUCUUGAUUCUUGCCCUGGUUAUCUUCACUGGCUUCGUCAUUCCAGUCGACUACAUGCUCGGGUGGUGUCGUUGGAUCAACUACCUCGACCCCGUGGCGUAUGGAUUCGAAGCUCUCAUGAUUAACGAAUUUCACAACCGGGAUUUCUCGUGCGAUCAAUUGGUCCCGAACCCUGCCAUCGAGGGGUAUGCAGACGUCGGUGCAAUGAACCGGGCCUGUUCCGCCGUCGGUGCCGUUCCGGGAGAGUCCUUUGUCAGCGGGGAUGCAUACAUCAACUCGCAAUACAAGUACUUCCACAGCCACAAGUGGCGAAACGUGGGAAUCGUCAUCGCCUUCGUUCUCUUCUUCCAUGCUGUUUAUAUCCUUGCCACCGAAUUCGUCACGGCCAAGAAGUCCAAGGGCGAAGUCCUCGUCUUCCGUCGCGGCCACAUGCCUGCCGUCUCGCGAGGAAAGGGUGAUUCCGAGGCAGCCAGCGCCAAUGCCAUUACUACUGUAGACAAGGUCUCCAGUGACGCAGACAGCGGGAAGAUCCAGGGUUCUUCAAGUGUCUUCCAUUGGAACGACGUUUGCUACGAUAUCACGAUCAAAGGUGAGCCCCGACGUAUUCUUGAUCAUGUCGACGGCUGGGUUAAGCCUGGAACCUUGACGGCACUUAUGGGUGUUUCCGGCGCCGGAAAGACGACACUACUGGAUUGUCUCGCAGACCGCAUCUCCAUGGGAGUUAUCACUGGAGAGAUGUUGGUCGACGGGAAGAUUCGCGAUCACUCCUUCCAACGAAAGACCGGCUACGUUCAACAACAGGAUCUCCACCUCGAAACAAGCACUGUUCGCGAGGCAUUGACAUUCAGCGCUCUUCUUCGACAGCCAGCAUCCACGCCACGAGAGGAAAAGAUUGCCUAUGUGGAUGAGGUCAUCAAGUUAUUGGACAUGCAGGAAUAUGCAGAUGCCGUCGUGGGUAUUCUCGGCGAAGGCUUGAACGUGGAACAGCGGAAGCGCCUCACAAUUGGUGUUGAGUUGGCGGCUAAACCACCACUCCUGUUGUUUGUGGACGAACCCACUUCUGGAUUAGACUCCCAAACAUCUUGGGCGAUUUUAGACCUGCUUGAAAAGCUAUCAAAGGCUGGACAGUCUAUCCUCUGCACGAUUCAUCAACCCUCCGCCAUGCUGUUUCAACGUUUCGACCGCCUGCUUUUCUUAGCAAAGGGAGGUAGAACCGUCUAUUUCGGGGACAUCGGACAGGAUUCCAAAACCUUGACCGGCUAUUUUGAGAAGAACGGCUCAGGCCCCUGUCCUAAGGGUGCGAACCCGGCUGAGUGGAUGCUUGAGGUCAUCGGUGCUGCCCCUGGCUCCCACACCGACCUUGACUGGCACAAGACCAAGGAAACAACGGCACAGCAGCGCACGAUAACGACCCAGGCUCAUACCGCGAUACUGGCGUACCCCUCCUACAUCUACUCCAAGGCCGCGCUUUGUAUCGCUGUUGCCCUCUUCAUCGGACUCGUCUUCCUCAACGCCCCUCUCUCAAUCCAGGGCCUCCAGAACCAAAUGUUUGCCAUAUUCAACAUCUUGACCAUCUUCGGCCAGCUUGUGCAGCAACAAAUGCCACACUUUGUAACCCAGCGUGCGCUCUACGAGGUGCGAGAGCGACCGUCCAAGACCUAUAGUUGGAAGGUAUUCAUGCUCUCUCAGAUUAUCGUGGAGAUUCCCUGGAACACUCUAAUGUCCGUCUUGAUGUUCGUGUGCGUCUACUACCCCGUCGGGUUUAACAAGAAUGCGACAGAGGCAGGGCAGACUGUUGAGCGCGGUGGCCUCAUGUGGCUUCUGUUUUGGCAGUUCCUCAUCUUCACUUGCACCUUCGCCCACGCCUGCAUUGCCAUCACUGAUACAGCAGAGGCAGGCGGAAACUUGGCCAACGUCCUCUUCAUGCUUUGCCUACUUUUCUGCGGUGUUCUCGCGGGCCCCGAUACCCUUCCUGGUUUCUGGAUCUUCAUGUAUCGGUUGUCGCCGUUCACGUAUCUGGUGUCGGCCAUCAUGGCUACCGGGCUUGCGAAUGCCGAGAAUUACACUGCAAUCGCCGGCGGCUAUGUCCUCAACGAGGAUGCUACUUCCGACUGUAACUUUUGCCAAAUCAGGGACACCAACGUGUUCCUGAGCAGCAUCAGCUCCAACUACGAUAAUAGGUGGAGGGACUGGGGAAUCGGCAUGGCUUUUAUCGUCUUCAACAUUGCUGCCUCUUUGGCACUCUACUGGCUUGUUCGUAUGCCAAAGGGGAAGAAGAUGAAGAAGACGAAAAAGGAGUAG